CCAAAUAGCGGUACAGAAUGGUUUUCUAAAAAAUACUAUUAGUUAAAAUGCACUGCACUUCGGAUAUUGACUUUUCGUUUUAAAAAAUUAGCAUUUCUUGUGAAAGACAAUAACGCGGUUUGGUGGUGGCAUUUAAAUAUCAAUUAUGAUUGCAAUUUGCAUGUACACGACGGAAGUAAUGAACACUUGACUUUUAGAAAAACACAGUUUCUUUCACAAGUUCAUUAAAACUGCAACGGGGCAAAUUCAAUUUCUUUGAAAGAUCACAUGGCGAAAAAAUACGAUGGACGUGCGGUGGGAAUAGACCUUGGAACAACGUAUUCAUGUGUUGCUGUGUGGAUGGAGCAUCACAACAGAGUGGAGAUCAUACACAAUGAUCAAGGAAAUAGAACUACGCCAUCUUUUGUUGCUUUUACUGAUGAUCAAAGGUUGAUUGGCGAUGCUGCUAAGAAUCAAGUUGCAACUAACACAGGAAACACUGUCUUUGAUGUUAAAAGAUUAAUUGGUAGAAAGUUUAGUGAUCCUGUUGUUCAAAAGGAUAUUAUGUGGUGGCCAUUCAAGGUUAUUUCUGGAAUGAAUGACAAACCCAUGAUUACCCUCAUGUAUAACGGUGAAGAGAAGCAAUUUUGUGCUGAGGAAAUAUCAUCCAUGGUUCUCACAAAGAUGCGAGAAGUUGCAGAGGCAUAUCUGGGGUCGGUCGUCAAGAAUGCUGUUGUUACUGUCCCGGCUUACUUCAAUGAUUCUCAGAGAAAAGCCACCAUAGAUGCUGGUGCCAUUGCUGGCCUAAAUGUCAUUCGGAUAAUCAACGAACCUACUGCUGCAGCUAUUGCAUAUGGUCUUGACAAGAGAAGUGAAUGUGAUGGUAAACGGAAUAUUUUUGUGUUUGAUCUUGGUGGUGGUACUUUUGAUGUGUCUAUUCUCACAAUUAUGGGUGAUGUCUUUGAAGUAAAAGCCACUGCUGGAAAUACUCAUCUUGGAGGAGAGGACUUUGAUAACAGAUUGGUGAAUUACUUUGUACAGGAGUUCAAAAAGAAGAAUAGAAUGGACAUUAGUGUGAACCCAAGAGCCUUGAGAAGGUUGAGAACUGCCUGCGAGAGAGCAAAGAGGACACUCUCUUUUGCUUUUGUCACUACGGUUGAAGUAGAUUCUUUGUUUCAAGGAAUUGAUUUUUCUUCAUCAAUCACUCGUGCCAAGUUUGAGGAAAUUAAUAUGGAACUUUUUAAUGAGUGCAUAAUAACGGUUGAAAGUUGUCUUAGUGAUUCCAAGAUACCCAUGAGCCAUAUUGAUGAUGUUGUUCUUGUGGGUGGCUCGUCUAGGAUUCCCAAAGUGCAAGAUAUGUUGCAAGACUUUUUCAAGGGAAAAGAAUUGUGCAAGAGUAUAAACCCGGACGAGGCAGUUGCUUAUGGUGCAGCUGUUCAGGCUGCUAUUUUGAGCAAAGGCUUUAAGAAUGUCCCAAACUUGGUGCUUAGGGAUGUUACCCCAUUGUCACUUGGUAUCGCAGAUGUUAACGAUAUCAUGGAAGUGGUAAUUCCUAGGAACUCUUCUAUACCUGUCAAAAGUACAAAAGGAUUUGCAACUGUUAUAGAUAACCAUUGCAGUGUCUCUAUUAAGGUUUACGAGGGCGAGAGAGCAAAAGCUAGUAACAACAAUCUGCUUGGUAUGUUUAUUCUUUCUUGCCUCCCAGGUGCUCCUCGUGGUCACCCCUUGGAUGUAUGCUUUGUCAUUGAUGAAAAUGGUAUCUUAAUUGUUUCUGCAAAGGAAAUAUCUACCGGAAAUACGAACGAGAUCACCAUAACCAAUGACAAAGAAAGAUUGUCAACAUUUGAAAUUCAAAAACUGAUAGAAGAAGCUGAGAUAUACCAUGAGGAGGAUAAGAAGUUUCUGAGGAAGGCCAAGUUAAUGAGUGCAUUGGACUCUUGUGUUUACAAUAUGAAGAAAGCUUUGAAGAAUGAUCUUUAUUUAAUGCUCUCCUCUCAAGAAAGUGAGAAGAUCAACAAUGCAAUUACUGUGGCCACAAAUUUGCUUGAUAAGAGUAUGGAACAGAAAGAAGUUGAUGUUCUUGAGGAUCAUCUGAAGGAGCUAGAGAGCAUGUUGGAAAAUCUUGUACUCAAGACUAGCUAGUUUUAUUUUUCAUUAUUAAGAUUCAAAGUGAUGUCUUGCUUUUUUUUUAUAUGCUGAAUGCAACCCUUUAGGUUGAUUAUCAUUAGCUUAUAGUAUUGUAUUGAGGUUUGUUAUAGUUUUUAUUGAACUUGUUACUUAUGUGAAUGCAACCCUUUAUGUGUUUGCUUUGAGUGGAAGUGAAAUGAUAAACCUUCAUGUUAGAGGA